CGGCAUUGUCGUCUCACAGAUGGCGGAGCGGAGGCGAGCGUCAACUGUUGAUGUGCAGACGCAGGACGGUGGCAUUCACGCACUGUUAGCAUACUGCCAUACUCGUCCUCAUCGGUGACUCCCUCCGCAUAAGCUCGUAAUUUGAACAAAGGUAAGCGAAAGAAAGCAUGUUUUCUGCUCAGAAAAUUCUGCAUCCGGUCAUGUCCUAUUGUCCUUUUGACGACAAGAAAAGAACAAUAAAGAAAAUUUCACUGCAGCAAAUAUGGCCAGCGACGACUUUCGAGAAAGAAACCUACCAAAAACUUCAUGAAUUCUCUAGCUACCUACUUGACACUUGACGCACCAGAGAUACCAGCAUGGCGCCAAGAACUCGUCAGUCGUAUCUGACUAACCCAGGCUCUCCACUGCUCAGGGGUCUAGCGGCGACCAGAACUGCACGGCGGGCACCUUCUGCUAGUACAACGCGGGAUGCUCCAGCAUCGCAACAUGGUCUUUCCAGUGGCAUGACAGCACCUCUCUACCGAGCUGAUUCAUCAAACCCGGCUUCGAACUCUGGUGACGAUGACCUUUCCCCCUCGGGCACUGAUGGUAGUCCUCCGCCAGAUCCGGACUCUGAUUUUGAUCCUCCCCCGUCAAACGAUGGAUCGUCACAUGGUAGUCCUCCGCCAGGCUCGCACUCUGGUGGUGAUUCUGAUCCUCCCUCAAACAAUGGAUCCGCUCACGGUAGUUUUGCGCCAGACAACACGCCAUUUCAGCGCAUGCGGCGAAAUCUCUGGAGAGCUUUCAAGUGGACUAUUCCGAAAUUGAUGGUAGCUGUCGUGCAAGCACUGCUGUUGCGUCAGGUGUACGUGCUGCUGGAUCUGCCGGUGAGCGCACCUGUCGAUUUUCUGUACUUCAAGUACUACGUCUCCUUCCGUUACGUCAAGGGAGAUAGCCAGGCUGCAGCAUCUCGAAUUCUGGUCGACCCUCUGGGCACGAAACAUAUUCCUCUUAUUGCCAACUCCGCGUUGUCCGUCGACGGUGUGUGCAAUGAGCAGGAGUCAACGGGACUAGCUUUCACCGUGAAGCAAACCAUUUCCCGCACAGUUUUGGGCGCCCAGUCGUGGGAAGAGCUGAUGAAUGCGUCGCCGGAACCCGAGCUGCAAGAAUUAGCACAAAAUUACGCUCAUCCUAUUAGCAAAGGCACGAGCCUCAUAGAGCGUGCAGAAUCGGUCGAGAAGCGGAUGUGCAGACUCUCGCGUGCAGCUAUGAAGAAGGGAUUAGCAUAUGCACAAACGCGUACCCUCGCCGAGAAGCUCAGAGGCUGCAGGCAAGUCGCUCAGGUCCUGCGACCGGCAACGCGGACUCUGUGGGAAAACAAUAUCAUUGAGGCAAUUCCCGGUGACUGGGACUAUCCCAUCGUUACUCAAGCGUUCGCAGACCUAGAAACCCAUCUCCGACGCCGAGAAGUGAUUGCCCGGGUUCUCUCCGACGAAGCUGGUGAAUUGCAGACAGUCUACCGUCAACUCGUAGGCAACUACAGCGUCUUCAAGUGGAAUCUGCGACAGGCCGAUUCUGCUGUAACGCAACUCUGCUACCAGAUUGAAGCCCGCAAAGUCGAACCGUCCAUAUGGUCCAAAUGGUGGUCCAAAUGGUUCAAAGGGACGGAUGACGCUUCGUCAUGCGAGGUGCAAACGCGCGCCAAAUUUCUUCGCGGCGGUUACAACUUCAGCGACACUGCCAGACUCAACGGCCAUGCAGCAAUGUACUAUCUCAAAGAGGGCGGAGAUAUCUGGGAAAACUACGCCAAGCAUCUCGACGAUAGUCUCGGUCUCUUGUCCGACGUGCCGAAAGUUUUGCGUGAUAUCACAGCAGAAGGCAUCCCCGCUCGCAUCUCCCGUUUACAAGAUCUCUUUGACAGUCUGGCUGCGCAGCUAGAUCGCGCCGCCGAAGUUCUCGAAGAUGCACACAUGCGAAAAAUUCCUAUCGAGUUGACAGCUCAUGUGGGUAAGGAGGACGAUGCAAGUAUCGGUGCCAGAUGGCCGCCUGAACCGAUUGGAUGUGCCCUUUGUGAUGGUCCCCGAGAGGCCGAAUGGCAUGCGAGCACUUCGCUACGAUUCUACAUGCCGGAUUCUACGGCUGAGGAGUCUGUGGCUUCGACUGCCACUAAUGUCUAGUCUAGCUGGGAGAGCCGAUAUGGUCCGUCCUAGGAGGUAGAGAUGACUGGGUAUGUCCAAGAUAAAAUGUUCAGUGUGUGACUUGUUGAACAAAGUCGGUUUGUUGAGUUGUAAUUUAC